AUGAUGAAGGUGUGCUGCGCUGGCGCCGCAGUGCUUGCUGUGACUGCAGUCACUGCGGAUCUUGCUGCCCCCAAGAGAAUAACCAGCAGUUUUCUCUCUCUUCAGCCGAACCAGAACAGCCGAUUGACUUACAACCAACUGAUUGGGGAAAAUGGAAACAAGCAAACUCCAGUUUAUGGGCGAGCCCAUAUAUUUCGGCGCGAUAAUAUCGAGGGAAACGUGGAGUCAUCUGGAGACACACAAACUAAAACCGAAAACGAGUCUUAUGGGUUUUCAGACUUGUACGAAACGCUUCGCGCAGACGUAAAUGGUGUAUCCCCUGCUUGGGCGAUUUUAGACCAUCUCCCAGAUGAGCUCCCCGAGGCAGCCAGCAGUAGCCUUGCCGCAUUCAAUCAACUACAUGCCUUGUCACCUCCAGGGUCAAAUCAGAAGAAAAGUGACGGGGUUGAGCGGCAGACGAGUGGCGCAACGUCUGUACUGAGGGCGCUUACCCGACCCUUCGUGGCUGUCGGCUCAGCCGCCCUAAGGGCUACUCGCGAGCUGCGCAGGUAUCUCAGCAGCCCGAAGUUGUCCUGCUUACUCGACGUGGAGGACAAGAAGAUAGGGGGGAGCGGGUCUCCCAUCGUAGCUAAGGCAGUUGGGCGCCUGGGUAGUGGGCGAGUAACUGGAUUUCUACGAAAAGUAGAUGAGGAAUUGGAGCUGUAUUUGCCCAGAAACCAAGAAGUAGGCUACGACUGUGUGGACGUCAGGCAACGAAUUGUCCUCAGACGAGGGUUUCCACUAGGGUCAGGCACCUUUGGCUUUGUUGUUCCCUUCACCAGCAUCCGCGGAGCGAAGUACGCGGGCAAACUGUUUCAGGUAAGGUACGGAGAACAGCGUACGAUGAACACCGUGCGGAAGCAACUGAGCAUUUUGAACUACUUGCCUCCGGGUAUGGACGCAGCGACGGCUUCCCACACCCUGCGCCUUGGGUUGCCUCUCUGUGUCAUUACAAAGCGAUCCAGUCCAACUAUCAUGGAGCUGCCAACCCGUGGGAAACUACUGAAUGCAAUAGUGUUGUAUCCGUUGCUCCGGGGGGACCUGUCGUACUUGACUGCUUCUCUGAAGUACACGAGGCCUGAAGAUAGAGAUGUGCUUCUAAAUCUCACGCAGCAGGUUGUGAGGGCAGUAAGCGAUGUACACAAACUCUCGUUGGUUCAUUUUGACAUCAAGCUGCCAAAUUUUCUGGUGACCGCGAGAGGAAGCGUUCUGACAGGAGAUUUGGAUGGAGUGAAGCCUUUUGGAUCCCCUGUACUGCCUGUGAUGUUUACUGCUGCUUUUGCUGCCCCCGAGGUGGCGGGGAUAGUACUAAAACAAGACAAAACGGCGGUGGCAGAACCCACAAUGGACUCCUGGCCUCUCGGGAUAUCGAUCUACGGAAUUUGGUGUGGAGGGUACCCAUUUUCUAACGACUUCCGCUUGUUGGGAGCUGAUGAACAAAUGGAAAUACUGCAUACAGUCCCCAGCCAAACACUCGUCUACGAUGUUGAAUGCAUCGAGAGCAUGCCCAAGGAAGUGUCCAAUCUCAUUACCCAGUUACUUCGGCCUGACCCUAAGGACCGUCUCACUCCCAGGCAAGCACUUGCCUCUCAUCCAGCAAUGAUGUUGCAGGUGCCUGGGGGAGAAGAUGUGCGGUCUACAGAACAAGAAGAAAUGCCAAGCAAAACAUCAGAAGAAGAGGCUGCGCCACUCUCAACGGCGUCAACUGCUUCUACAGAAGAAGCGGGUAGGCCCCCUAGCCUUUCGUCGAGCUAUGUAUUCGUUAGGCCUGAUAUGGUGCCCAGAGGCCAGAGCUUUCAGCAAAAGGAUGCAAAAACUUCCAGCAGUAAUGGUUACCGUUUCGUUGGUAGUUAUGUACGGGAGCCUGAACCCGUCAAACACAACUACCAACAACAGCAGCUUCCUGGAAGCCUCUAA